AUGCCUAAAUCCAGCCAAACCUCCUUUAAAGCAAAAUCAUCAUCCAAUACUGAAGCCAAAUCCAAGAAUGUGAAGCACAAAUCAAAGAAAAGUGUCAAACCAUCAAGUGAACCUGCACCCUCACCUGCUCCUUCUCCAUCGAUAUCCUCCACUGUACCUACACCACCAUCCUCUAUUCCUGCUGCUCUCACCAUCCCCACCUUUACUAGUCCUUCACUUCCAAAACUAACCACCCAUGCAUCUGUGCCUACUUCGAAAAACAUCUCUAAGUCAACCAAGGAAGCUGUGGUUCAGGGAGAAUCAAUGUCAAUUACUACAAGUCAGGUAAAACUCCCUCUAUCAAAGUUAGAUGUUCUAGUAUCUGCUAUAAAUGUUGCACCCUUAGAUACUGGCCCACCCACAAGUGAUAAAUCGCAAGUGGAGGAACCUACUAUAGAAACGAAUAUAGCAACUCUGGAGAAAGGAGUAGAUGCCACUGAUGUCAUGCAUAUGAUUGGGGAGGAAGGUAGUAAAGAACCAGUACAAAAGGAGGUAUCUGAUUGUCUUUCUUCAGCUAGACUGAAGAUGAGGGUGAAAAAGAAGAAGGAGUAG